AUGAUUCUGCUCGGAAAGCGGCCUCCCAUCCUGGGGGCGAGCAACACAGGGGCCGGCGCCCAAACGCUGCGAGUGUUCCUCUCCUUUUUAUUAUUCUACGCCCUGCUCGUCCUCUACACGCGCACGCAAUCGUCCCGCGACCCCGGCUCGGCCUUCUUUCGUCCCUGGACCGCCUACGAUGCCUCGUAUUCCGCCGUGCGCCUCGACGAAGCAGAUCGCUAUAUCGACUCCGUGAAUAAUAACAAUGGCACCGCGCCCAAGCCCGCGAAGGCGUCACCGCAGCCGGGGCUCUGUGUGGGGAUUGCCUCGAUCGCGCGCAAUGGCAUCCGGUAUUUUCGAAGUACCGUGGGCACGGUGCUUGAGGGCCUGAGCGAGGCCGAGCGCGCGGAUAUACAUCUCGUCCUCUUUAUUGCGCACACCGAUCCCGCGCAACACCCGGCGUAUAAUGAGACGUGGCUGCAUGAGGUCGCGGACCGCGUCCUGCUGUAUGAGCCGGAUAAGGUUAAUGUUGAUUAUAUUCGGUCGCUGGAGACGGAUGCGGCGCGCGUCUCCGGGCGCGAGAAGGCUCUUUUUGAUUAUACGUAUCUCUUGCAGGCGUGCGAGGCUACCAAUGCCCCGUACGUGGUGAUGCUGGAAGACGAUGUCGUGGCCCAGGAUGGCUGGUAUCAUCGCACGCGUCAGGCUCUGGCGUCGGCAGAAGAGCAAACCAAGAAGAUUGGGGCGUCGAAGUGGCUCUACCUGCGCCUCUUCUAUACAGAAGAAUUCCUCGGCUGGAACGCCCAAGACUGGCCCAUCUACCUGGCCUACUCGAUCCUCGCAGCCGCCUUCGUCGCCUGCGUCGGACUCGGCCUCCGCCAGCACCGGCCCCAGCUUCACGCACACCUCCCCAACGAAACCAUCCUGCUCCUGACAGGAGUCUGCACGCCACUCAUGAUCGGACUGUUUUUCGCCGCCGGCCGCGUGACAAUGCUGCCCAUCCCCACGGGCGUGCACCAGAUGCCGCGAUUCGGGUGCUGCUCGCAGGCGUUCGUCUUUCCGCGCGCGCGCGUCCCCGAUCUCGUGGAGCUCUACCGGGCCCGGCAUCUGGGGUACGUCGACGUGAUCACCGAGGAGUAUGCCAAUGCCAACAACGAGAUCCGCUGGGCCGUCACCCCGAGUAUCAUGCAGCAUGCCGGGCGACGGAGCUCCAAGGCCAUGAAUGAUGACCCCGCCGGCGGGCUCCGCCACAAGAGUAAGAGUGAGAUCAGUGAGGUGGGCAAGUUGUGGAAUUUUGGGUUUGAGUUGAAUGAUGCUGCCGCGCUUCGGGCGGAGCAUUCGGUUGUGCUGGGACAGGGUGGAUAG